CAUUAUUAGUGAAAAAAAUUAUGAAACCUUUCUAAAUCAAUCAGACUGACAAUUCUGCAAAGAUUUUUCUGCUGCUGCCCUCAUAAAUCUGUCAUAUCUUUGUCCUAUGUUUCUAAUUUCAAUUUUCCUACAUUUCUAAAAACCCAAUUUUCAGCUGAGGGUUUUGCCUUGUCCAUUUCAUUUCCAUUUUCCCCACUAUAAAGUUUCCCAAUUUAAUUCACCAACCCCAUAUUCUUUCUGAGAAGGCUUUCAAAAUCUUCUCAGCCACCUUAUCACCCUAUCUCUUCAAAAACCAAAAUAAUCUUUUUUCUUCAUUUUUACAGAGUUUCUUUGAAUUUUUUUUAUCUAGGUUUCUCUUCAUUCGAGUUGGGUUUUUUUUUAACUAAAAAUUCAGUUUUUUUGCAAUUUUUCAAGUGAUUUUGUAGAGUAAGAAAAGGGGUAGGGAGAGAGAGGAAAUGGAGGCUGUUCUACAAACAAAGGGCCUUCUAUCUCUACCUUCGAACCCCAAAUUAAGGGUAUUAAGAUCACCACAGAGUAGUCUAAUUAGACAAAGAAUUAACACCCCAAAUGCCCUUAAACCUAAUCCCCUUCAAGGAUUUUCAAUUUCCUCAAAUGGGUACCAAAAAUUUCAUGGGGUUGUGUCAAAUUCAAAAGGGUUUGGCCAGAAUUUGAGGAAUUUUCCGAUUUGCAAGGCCGAGGCUGCCGCUGCCGCUAAUGGUGGUGAUGUGCAGCCCUCAUAUGGUGGUGAGGCUGCAGCCCCAAAGUUUCUGGGCAUAGAAUUAGCCACCUAUAAGAAGAUUAUCCCACUUGGGUUAAUGUUCUUUUGUAUCCUAUUUAAUUACACAAUUUUGAGGGAUACAAAGGAUGUGUUGGUUGUAACAGCAAAAGGGUCUAGUGCUGAGAUUAUCCCGUUUCUGAAAACUUGGGUCAAUUUGCCUAUGGCAAUUGGUUUUAUGGUGUUGUACACUAAAUUGGCUGAUGUUUUGCCUAGGAAGGCACUGUUUUAUACAGUGAUGCUUCCUUUCAUUGCUUUCUUUGGGGCUUUUGGGUUUGUUUUGUACCCUAUGAGCAAUUAUUUCCACCCUACAGCACUUGCUGAUAAGCUUCUUGGCGUGCUCGGACCGAGGUUUCUCGGUCCACUUGCUAUUCUGAGGAUCUGGAGUUUCUGUUUGUUUUAUGUCAUGGCUGAGCUUUGGGGGAGUGUGGUCGUUUCUGUGCUCUUUUGGGGGUUUGCCAAUCAGAUCACUACAAUCGAUGAAGCUAAGAGAUUUUAUCCUCUGUUUGGGCUAGGAGCUAAUGUCGCCCUCAUUUUCUCUGGACGAACAGUGAAAUAUUUCUCUAAACUCAGGCAAAACUUGGGGCCUGGUGUUGAUGGUUGGGCUGUCUCUCUUAAGGGAAUGAUGAGCAUUGUGGUAAUGAUGGGCCUUGCUAUUUGUGGUAUUUACUGGUGGGUGAAUACAUAUGUACCGCUUCCUGCCCGCAGCCAGAAGAAGAAGGAGAAGGUCAAAAUGGGAACAAUGGAGAGCCUAAAAUUCUUGGUGUCGCAAAAGUACAUUAGGGAUCUUGCUACCGUUGUCGUUGCUUAUGGUAUCAGUAUUAACCUUGUUGAAGUUACAUGGAAGUCAAAGCUUAAAGCUCAGUUCCCAAGCCCAAAUGAAUAUUCUGCUUUCAUGGGUGAUUUCUCAACGGCAACUGGGAUAAUGACCUUCGCUAUGAUGCUUGCUAGCCAGUUCAUAUUUGACAAGUUUGGUUGGGGAGUUGCUGCCGCCAUUACACCAACAGUUCUUCUUGUAACAGGAGUUGGUUUCUUCUCAUUGAUAUUGUUUGGUGGUUCACUUGCACCAGUAAUUGGAUCAUUGGGGUUGACUCCACUUCUAGCAGCAGUUUAUGUAGGUGCAUUGCAAAAUAUUUUCAGCAAGAGUGCGAAGUACAGUUUGUUUGAUCCUUGCAAAGAAAUGGCCUACAUUCCAUUGGACGAGGACACUAAGGUUAAAGGAAAGGCAGCAAUCGAUGUUGUUUGCAACCCACUUGGAAAAUCAGGAGGAGCUCUAAUCCAGCAGUUCAUGAUUCUAACCUUCGGAUCACUAGCCAACUCAACUCCUUACCUCGGAGGAAUCCUGUUAGUGAUUGUAACCGCGUGGCUAGGAGCUGCCAGGUCAUUGGACAAACAGUUCACCGCGUUGCGCAAGGAAGAAGACCUUGAAAAAGAGAUGGAGAGAGCUUCUGUAAAGAUCCCAAUUGUGUCUGAGAACAGCGGCGAAAACGGUUCAAUCAACACCGGGUCUGAUUUGAAUCCAGCGGUUGGUGACUUUCCGGGCAGCUCUUCUGAGAGGUUCAAGUCCCAGUAAGUAAGAUAAUAAUAAAUAAUAAUAAUAAAUUUAUUAUUAGCUUAAUAUUUCUGCUGACAAGCAGAAAACACAAGAAAAGAAGAAAGAAUUUGUUUGGGUUAUAGAAUUUGUACUAGAAUGCGAGGAUCUGAAGUAAUAAUCCUACCAGCUGGAAUUGCUGUGAUUUGCCUGAAAGGGAGGUAAGAAUGUUGCACUUGUUUGCUGCAUUAGUAGGUAGGUAGAUAGAUUGGGCAAUAGAUGGUUAAAAACUUGCAAGUUCUAAAUAUGCUGGCUUUUCGCGACAGUGUAGAAGAAGAUUUUUUGUUGUAUUUCGAUAAGUUGAUAACAAUAUCCCGUUUUUCCCGUUCA